GCGAGCCGUUUAUAUUUUUUUUAUUAAACCAUGGAUGAAAUAUGUAGAUUAUGCUGCUCCACAAAAUUUGUCAAUAACCAUUUAUUUGACGAAGAGAACGCUCUGUACUUAAAAAUGUCUCUUUUCUUGCCGAUAAAGGUGGUGCGGAGUGAUCGGCUGCCGCAGCGGGUCUGCGACCGCUGCAGCUGUAGAGUCAACGACCUGUACCAAUUCUGCAAUGAAACUAUAGAAGUACAGCAUAGAUUACGCGCCAUCCUUCAGUCCUCUGGUCUCCCAGUAGAUGAUAUCGACCUUACGCUCGUCAAGGACAGUUCCCGCUGCGAGGCAGCCACGCAGACUGAGACCCUCCCCCCACCGACACAGGAGCCCCCCACCGCUCCCGACCCCCCUGUCAAACAGGAGCCAGAACUAGUAACCCAAGUGAAGGUAGAGGUAGACGACUCAGUGUACGACGACGCGCAUGUGGCGUCCGACAACAGCGAGGAGCUGUCGCUUGGCAGCCUGAAGAAGAAGAAGAAGGUCAAGCAGGAGCUCGAGAAGAGAGGCAGGAAGAGGAAGAAACAACUCAAGGAAUGGGACCUCCUAAUGGGUCAGCUACCACCAGAGUUAUCCCUAGAUCCAGUGGUGGUGAAACAGGAACCGGAAGACGUGGUGGUCAAGCGUGAGCCGGAUGAAGAUAAGUUUGACUGCUGCAUCUGCUUCGCGCAGUGCUGCAGUCGCGGGGAGAUGUUACAGCACUACAGGUAA